ACACAAAGAGCCAGAGAAAAGAAAAGCACCUUUAUCAGCAGUAGCAUAAGCAGCACCGCCAUUAUUGAACCAUCAUCACUGUUGGUCAUUAAUGGUGAUGAUGACGACGAUGAUGAUGGAGGACUCAAACAACGCUCCUUGAGAUAAUUUGGACUAGUUGUGUUGGACUUGGAUGCUGCUGCAAUUGAUGCACUGAUGGGAAUCCACCUUGCAUUGUUUCUCUUUUUGGCUUCUCUUCAAGCAACUUUAAGUCAAGAUAUUGCACAUGGUUCUCUUCUAGUAGAUGGAGCUCAAGCAAAAGCUGAAACAGGUUUUAACUUUAUUUGUGCUACUAUUGAUUGGUGGCCUCAUGAUAAGUGUGACUACAACCAUUGCCCCUGGGGAUAUUCAUCUGUUGUAAAUUUGGACUUGACUCAUCCAUUCCUUUCCAAGGCAAUCCAAGCCCUCAAGCCUUUGAGGAUAAGACUUGGAGGUUCUUUGCAAGACCAGGUGCUGUAUGAGGUAGGAGAUUUGAAGUCUCCUUGUCAUCCAUUUCAAAAGAUGAAUGGUGGAUUGUUUGGAUUUUCAAAGGGAUGUUUACACAUGAAAAGGUGGGAUGAGCUGAAUCAUUUUUUCAAAGAGACAGGGGCCAUUGUCACAUUUGGCUUGAAUGCACUCCAUGGGAGGCACCAGAUUAGUCAUAAAGUUUGGGGAGGAGUCUGGGAUGCUACAAAUGCUUAUGAUUUUAUAAAAUACACUAUUUCAAAGGGAUACAAGAUCGAUUCAUGGGAACUUGGUAAUGAGUUGAGUGGUAGGGGCAUUGGUGCAAGUGUUGGUGUUGAACAGUAUGGGAAAGAUUUGAUAAACCUUAAACAAAUUCUAGAUACAUUAUACGAGAACUCCAAGUUCAAACCUUCACUUGUAGCACCUGGGGGAUUUUAUGAAAAGGAGUGGUAUGACAAGCUUCUUCAGGUUUCGGGUUCAGGCAUAAUCAAUGUUCUGACUCAUCAUUUAUAUAAUUUGGGCGCAGGUAGUAACGACCAUCUUGAAAAGAUGAUUCUAGAUCCUGGGCACUUAAGCAAGGUAGAAUCUAUUUUCAGCAAUCUUUCAGAAACCAUUCAAAAAUAUGGUCCUUGGUCUUCUGCAUGGGUAGGAGAAGCUGGUGGGGCAUACAACAGUGGUGGUCGAUAUGUUUCUAACACAUUUCUGAACAGCUUUUGGUACUUAGAUCAACUUGGAAUGGCAUCCAGCCACAGCACUAAAGUUUAUUGCAGGCAGACUUUAAUUGGAGGGAACUAUGGCCUUCUCAAUACAACCACUUUCGCCCCUAAUCCCGACUAUUACAGUGCACUUUUGUGGCAUCGGCUAAUGGGAAGGAGGGUACUUGGAGUUUCAAAUGAUAUUUCUUCACCCUUUUUACGCACUUAUGCUCAUUGUUCAAAAGACAGAGAGGGUAUAACAUUACUUCUGAUCAACUUAAGUAAUCAGACUCGUUUCAUACUCAAUGUUAAAAACCCUGCGACUUUAAGUGUUGAAAGUAAUGAAGUGGCCAAAAGCAUCCAUAAUGAAAGUUCAUUCUUUGACAAACUCAAGAAGACAUUUUCAUGGGUUGGAACAAAAGGAUCAGAGGUCACAUUCAGGGAGGAGUACCACUUAACUCCACAAGAUUAUUACCUUAGAAGCCAAACCAUGGUGCUGAAUGGUAUUCCUCUGGAGUUAACAAACGAAGGAGAUAUUCCAACAAUGGAUCCAGUUCGCAAUAAUAUAAAAUCUCCAAUAUACAUAUCCCCUUUAUCCAUUGCUUUUAUUGUAUUGCCAAACUUUGAUGCUCCAGCCUGUGAUAGACACCGAAAACUUUAGUACAAGGUUUUUAUAUAAUCUUGUAAACUAGGCACACUAGGACUGUGGAAUUGCAAGCUCAUGGUAAUUGUAAGUACUGAGCUGUUUGUUGUCUUUAUUGGAAAGUUGCAACAUUUGCAAUAAUUUUUAAUAUUGAAGAAACAUAUGAGUUGUUGUAUGUAUAUCAUCAACUUGUGAAUAAUUUGU